AUAAGAGCUGCAUACUCUCGGCUCCUGUAUUCAGUCUCCGGUGGUCGCUGCACAGUUACGUGUAGAGAUAUUGCUCUGUAUUACCGACCUAAUGUCGUCAUUUAAAUUUACCAAGGAUUGCUAUAAUUAGACUUGUCCAGGUUUUAUAACAUCGGUAUUUAAAGGUGAUCAGAACGUGGUCAUCGAAGUUCGAAGACGACAUUCCUUGUGUAAAAUUGAAUAUUCUGGAAGAUUAUAAAUUUUAUGUUUGUUUUUCUGGAUUUAUAUGAGAUAGAUUUUGACUGUUGAGAGCUAUAAAAAUAAUGGCGACUACAACGUACUCACGUCGUCUGCUGAAGUUGAAACUGAUUCGUCAGAUGAAGCAGACCAGAGAAAGUAUGACGGCUUCAAAUGCCGCCUUACCUCUGGAGGUUCUGUUCGAGUCCCCAGCCCCUUCGGACACCAAAUCUACAGGACCAAAACCAUUCGACGAGCUCCCGGGCCCCAAAUCUUACCCACUGAUUGGAGGAAUUCGCAAUUACCUUCCUGGAGGACGCUUUUACAAGAAGCAGUUCAUGGAUAUGCAUAAAGAAUGCACCGAGGAGUAUGGAUCUAUUUACCGGGAAACAGUACUCCCGGGAAUUGAAAUGGUACACAUAAAUGAUCCGAAAGACUUUGAAGAGGUGUUCCGAAGCGAUGCAAAACAUCCAAUUCGCCAAGCUUUCUUCAUGCUUGCACAUUAUAACAAAAAAUACAACGGAAAUGUACAAGGACUUUUAACCAGUCAAGGGAAUGACUGGCGUGGGAUAAGGAAAAAAGUCCAACAAAAGAUGCUCCGGCCUAAGGCGGUGGCCUCUUACCUUCCAGAACAGUCUAUAGUAGCAGACGAACUCUGGGAUCACGUGAUAUCAUUACGUAAUCGUGAAAAGGAACUGACGGAUUUGCGACCGGAACUCGACAAAUACGCGGCAGAAUGCGUCGGUGUGGUGUGCUUUAACAAGCGUCUAGGUGCUUUCAAAGACCUUUCCCCAGAAAGCGAUGCCCAGAAGUUCAUACAAGCCGUAAGUGUUGUGAUGGACAUUAGCCAAAAAGAAUUUAAGCAGUUACCAUGGUAUCGACUCUGGAAGACACCAUCAUUCAACAAGCUAAUCGAAGCACAGAGCUUCAUUCGAGAGAUUGCUGUAAAAUAUUCCAGAGAGGCUUUGUCUAAGAUCGGGAACGACGCCUCCUUUGACGGGGAACAUGGCGACCUGAUCCCCUAUUUACUGUCCAAAACCUCUUUGUCUGAGAGGGAAGUCCUGACCGUCAUCUGCGAGUUCAUUUUUGCGGGGGUGGAUACCACGAGUCACCAUUUGUCCUUCGUCAUGUAUCUAUUGGGGAGGCAUCCAGAAAUCCAGGAAAGGUUAUACCAGGAAAUCAAGAUCACGAUUGGUGACAGCGAAGAAAUAACAGAUUCACACAUUGGAAAAAUGUCAUACCUGAAAGCUGUGACGCGGGAAACGCACAGGCUUUUACCGGUAGCUCCCGGGAACAUCCGAACUUCCUCGAAAGAAAUGGUUCUAUCUGGAUACAGAAUUCCAGCUGGGGUACAAAUUGCAAUGCACCACGACUGGGUUUGCAUGCAAGAUGAACAUUUUGAGGAUGCUCAACAGUUUCUGCCAGAAAGAUGGCUGAGAUCUAGUGAGAGCAAGACUGAUGCACACCCCUUUGCUUCGGUUCCAUUCGGGUUUGGUCCUCGGGCAUGCAUCGGUAGAAGAUUCGCUGAGCAGGAAAGCCACAUUGCUCUCAUCAAGCUGUUGAGAAAUUACCGACUGGAAUACACAGGCGAGGAACUGCAGAAAGAUUGUAAUAUAACGUACACGCCCAUGAACAACAUGACCUUCCGGUUCCACGAGCGAUGAACUCAUGACGUCAUACAUACUCUGCUCAUAGAGGUUCAUUUAGCAAAUAUUCCCGUCCGGUAUGCGAGACCACAGAAAUGCAAUCGAAGACCAGAGACAGCGGGAAAAACUAAGAUAUGCAUAGUCAGAGUGUACCAAAGUCCUGAUGGAUGACCAAAGCGAUUUUACAAUAAACAUUUCGAACUAUUUUUCAAAACACUUAGGCUUUAACCUGUAUAUAUAUACAUGUAUAUCUAGUUAUAACAUACUACGAAAAAAAAAUCCAAAAUUGAUUUAUGUAUAUAUUAAAUGUAAUAUUGAACUAUUGACUUUUUCCCUAAAUAUCUGAAUCGCUUCUUUGACCUAGAAGUAUUUUAAUCCGUUUUAGUCAUGCAAUAUCAAGUCCAUGGACUUCUUUUCAAAAUUAAAAGAAGUAUUUUUUCCGUAACCACUGAUUUCUUUUCAAUAAAUAUGGUAUGAAUCAAAAUGGAGAGAGAGAGAGGGGCAUCAAAACCUGUGAACCAAAACCAGGCCUGAACGUUUAUUUAUAUCAAUAAUAUAUUUCCCUCUACACCUUUAAAUUAAUUGCCUGUGUUGCUAUUUUUAUAAGCUGUUUACCUGGUUUGUUGCUGUAAGGUGGAGUUUAAUUGAUCUUACAUUUAAAAUACAUCAUUCCAAUCUACUUGGCAUUGGACAUUCAUAAUGGGCGUCUAUUAAGAAUAAGACCAGCCACCUUAACCAUGUACCAAACAUUUUCAAUUAAAUGUUCCCUAGAUAUACUUACGAGAAUGCCCUCUGACCUUUAGUUUUAGUUUAAAAUGAAAUUUCAAA